CAUUACCGCAGGAGGAGUGAGUAGAGGGGUACUCAGUUGGUUGCAAUCUGCAACCACACCACUAGAUGCCGCCAAAACCUACACACUGCACCUUUAAAUAUAACUGAUGAAAAAUCUGAUAUCAAGCGACACCAUCUGCUGAACAGAUACACAUUUUCACUGAUUGGUUUAGACUUUCUUUUAAUUUAACAUGUCAGUUUAUUACCCCUUAUUAGGUCCAUUAUUAACACUAAUAAAAAGCCUUUAUGGAAACGUUCCAUACUUCAGUAUUGUACCGUCCAGCUGUGGUUUUUCACUUUUGACCUGCAUUUGCACCGCGAGCCGAUGUUGUACGUUCUGUUGUGAACUUAACUAGCGAGGCAGUUUGUUAUGUUCCCUCUCUGAUUUAAAGAACAUAAACAACACCUAAGUUAUGGUCGUACUAACACACUCUUCAAUGAAAUGAAUACAGUGGUGUUCAUGUGGUGAGCAGAUGUUCAGACGCUGCAGUCUGGAGAGCUCAAACGUUGCAUCAUCUGAGCAGAGUUGUGUUGGGAAAGUUUUAAAUGUGUGUUUGCAAUCUAAAUAUAGGGACAAAAGGAAUGCAUGGCAAUAUCUAUAUAAUAUAUAAUAUAUAUAGGUUUCAGUGGACGCCUGUGGAUCUGCGCAUGUAUUCCGGCAUGUCUGUGCAUCGGCAUGUUGUGCUGUGUGUCUAGACUGAGGCUGAGGAAUCAGCUUAGGGCCCUGCUGUGGCUGGACGUGUCUCUCUCCUUUGUUCUGGAGUGAGACUCUCAUAAUAAGCUUAGUAUGAACAGUCAUAACACCUUCAUUGUUUUUGAACCCGCUCCACCAGCUUCCCAGGCCUCGGUCGCAGGCCGGAGACGCCGUGUGGACCUGCGUGGUCGAGAACCCCCUAAGAGCAUUUUAGAAAUGGAGGCACAAGGCGACGUUACUCACAGCCUCCGUUCUGUUACGCGUCGGAGAUGUGGUGGAUGCUGUUUCCCAGAUGGAUUUGGUUUCUUCUGGGACAUUCUUCCACUCUCCUCCUCUAUAUGGACAGCUGCUGCCUCGUGAGAGCGAUGCCCAUGUCCAUGUCUGUGUCUGUGGCCAAAGUGGUGGUGUACUCUCACGCGGGUCUGUGCCCGAACGACCUGAACCCCAACCUGUGGGUGGAUGCCAUGAGCACCUGCAUGCGCGAGUGUGAAUCUGACCAGGACUGUGAGACAUUUGAGAAGUGCUGCCCUAACGUGUGUGGAAACAAGAGCUGCGUGGCAUCACGCUACAUAGACGUCAAGGGCAACAAGGGCCCCAUAGGAAUGCCAGAGGGCGCCACCUGUGACAAGUUCAUGUGCUCCCAGCAAGGCUCCGAGUGUGACAUCUGGGACGGCCAGCCUGUUUGUAAGUGCCGGGACCGCUGUGAGAGAGAGCCCCACUUCACGUGCGCGUCCGACGGCAUGACUUACUAUAACAAGUGCUACAUGGAUGCGGAGGCCUGUUCCAAGGGUAUCUCUAUCUCUGAGGUCACCUGCAGGUACCACUUGACCUGGCCAAACACCAGUCCAAUCCCAGCAGAGACCACCCUAUAUCCCACCACCGCCCUCCAGACCACCCUCCCAGCUGACAUCCAGCUCCCCACCAUCCACAGCGGCCCCACCCAACAGGCCGUGUUUGUGGGCGAGACAGCCAGUUUCCUGUGCGAGGUGUCUGGGAAGCCACAUCCGGAAAUCACCUGGGAGAAACAACUGAAGGGCAAAGAGAACACCAUAAUGAGAGUCAAUCACGUCCGAGGGAACGUCGUGGUCACCAACAUUGGCCAGCUGGUCAUAUACAACGCGCAACUUCAGGACGCCGGCAUCUAUACGUGUACAGCCAAAAACGUCGGAGGGAGUGUAUCGUCACACUUUCCUUUGGUAGUGAUCAGGAAGGAGGCGAAAGGAAAGAAUGCGGAAGGGAAUAGUACCAACCUGCCGUUUCCAGCUGAAGAGUGCCUCAAGAGUCCAGACACAGAUGACUGCGGAGAAGAGAGCAUCAGCUGGUACUAUGAACCAAAGAGGAACAAUUGCUUCACCUUUACUUACAGUCAGUGCAAUAAGAACCGUAACCAUUUCAACACCUACGAAACCUGCAUGCUGUCGUGCGGAGGAGAGCUGGCGGCUCCCUGCAGCCUCCCGAGCCUCCAGGGGCCUUGCAAGGCCUACGAGCCCCGCUGGGCUUACAGCAGCAUCCUCAAGAAGUGCCAGUCCUUCGUGUACGGAGGCUGCGGCGGCAACGAGAACAGCUUCGAGUCGAAGGAGGCCUGCGAGGAGAUGUGUCCCUUUCCGAAGAACCACAACUGCAAGGUGUGCAAACCCCGAGCCAAGAUGGUCACCAGCUUCUGCAAGAGCGACUUCGUGAUCCUCGGGCGUGUGACCGAGCUGACGGAGGAGCAGGAGUCGGGCCACGCUCUGGUGACGGUGGAGGAAAUCUUGAAGGAUGAGAAGAUGGGUCUGAGGUUCUUUGGCAAAGAGCCCUUGGAGGUGACUCUCCUGAACAUGGACUGGAACUGUCCCUGCCCCAAUAUCACCACGGCCGACGGGCAGCUCAUCAUCAUGGGGGAUGUUCAAAACGGGAUGGCCGUCCUGCAGCCCGACAGCUUCGUGGGCUCCUCCAGCCCGCGCAGGAUCAGGAAGCUUCGUGAGGUCAUCCACAAGAAAACCUGCGAUUUCCUUAAAGAUUUCUCUGCCGUCCAGUAAAGUCUUUUAAAGUUCUGUUUUCUGUUUAUUCCCAGCUCCAGUGACCUCACCAGUCUGUCUGACUGCCAGUUAACAUAGUUCCUGUUUCAGAUGUUUUUCUUUCCUCACUUUGUUCCUUAUCGCUCAAAAAAAUCACUUUUUACUGUUGUCACUGAUCAUUUAUGUCAGUUUUCAUUCAUGAUUACUUCACAGAUGCUGUGUCAAAACUGUCCAAAUAGCUCAUUUUUAAGAAAUUAGAAUGAAUGAACUGUCUGGAAAAGGCAGAUAGAGUAGUAUUAGUCACGAGCAUUUACCCUGUACAAAGUAUUUAAUCUUUGAAACUGUUUACUAAAACGGCAUUAUAGAUUCCCUCUCUUCUUGAAUUCACUAAUAUCAUUCAUUUAGCGGUAUGUUUUAAUAUGAUUGGUACGUUUGCUUUAUGUUUGUGUGGGUUACCCCACAUUGCGUAACAUCUGUCAGGAGCACUUGAGCUCACAAUAAUGCAAGUCAAAGCCUCAGUUUUAUUUACCAGAAUCAGAUAAGCUCUUUGGUUCCACAUUUUGUGGAAUCUAUUUUAUUUUGAAAAGUUUUAAUUUACAGAAUAUGUAUGUGGACUUCUGUACUUGGUAUUUAUUUUCAUCUUAUAUAUAAAUAUAUAUAUAUAGGCAGAACGUCUCUCUGUGAAUCUAAUUGCAUUGAGAGCAGACAUAUUUUGAUGUUAUCUGUGAUAUAUUAGUGUCCAUUCAAACUUUUAUUGAUGGCAAAAAUGAAUAAAGAUGAUUUAGAAAAUA